AUGACUACCCUUGAACCUCGCCAACCUUACAGCGACGCCGAGCUGCGCCAGCUGUACCCUCCACAGCUCAAGCUUCAGCUCGUGCAGAUCCUCCUCCGUCAUGGCGAACGAACUCCCGUCACGCCUCGUUUCCAGAACACCGGCCUUCCAGCAUAUUGGCCUUACUGCCGUGCUGUCCGCCACCUCCGAUCUGCCGUUCUCGAUCCGGAUACCGGUGAAUACUCUUACCUUGACUGGAAGCGUCGUCUCGAGAUAUUCAGUUCAAACGAUGACAGUCCCAUGAUCGCUACCGGCCCCAAUGCCGAGCUUGACGACAUCUGUGACCAGGGCAUGCUUACGGACCGCGGCCGAGAAACCACGCGCAACCUAGGACGCCGCUUUCGUGACCUCUACGUCGAACGACUCGGAUUCUUGCCCACCGAUCUCAUCGACGCCGAUUCUAUGUACCUCAGGUCUACGCCAGUCCCGCGAGCUCUGGAGUCUCUCCAACAAGCUCUCUCUGGUCUAUAUCCAGCCAAGCACCGGGCUCCCGAUCUACCCGCACUCACGCUUCUGACCAGGGCGCCUCAAGAUGAAACUCUCUUCCCCAACGAUUCAAAUUGCCGCCGAUUUGCAGCUCUCUCUCGUGCUUUUGCCCAGCGGACCGCCGAGCGAUGGAACAAUACGCCGGAGAUGGACUACGUCAACAAGAAGCUUGGGAAAUGGAUGCCCGAUAACGCUCGCAUCGCCGUCGAUUCCAAGCCCAGGUUGAGCGGUGUUAUGGACACGAUCAACGCAACGCGCGCACAUGGUCCGAAGACCAAGCUGCCCUCGGAGUUCUAUGAUCCCAAGGUAAUUGCCAUCAUAGAGAGAAUUGGCGUAGAAGAAUGGUACAGCGGUUACACAGAGAGCCAGGAGUAUCGCACCCUCGGCAUCGGUGGCUUGAUGGGCGAUGUUGUGGCUCGUAUGGUCGGAAGCGUCGAGCACAGCCCGGCAGACGGAGACUAUGAGAUCAAGCAGCCCAGUGCAGUUCCUCAGCCCAUCAGGUUUGGUAUGAGCGGCUGCCAUGAUACCACCUUGGCAGGUGUGCUAGCGAGCCUGGGGGCCUUUGGUCCGGACAAGUGGCCUCCUUUCACAAGUCACAUCGCUGUUGAAAUGUUCCGCGACUCCCAAAUUCCAGCUAUUGAAACGUCGACCGAAUUGCCCGUUGUGCCAGCCCCCAAGAGUCGUGGGUGGUUCGGCUCGUGGUUCUCCUUCGGUCGCGCUAGUACACCGUCGCCGGGUACGGCUCCCCCAGGCAUUGGCCGCAAGCCCACCCCUGCGUUGACAGAUGCCGAGAAGAAGCAGCUGGACGGCUACUACGUGAGACUUCGGUAUAAUGAUGAGCCGGUGACUAUCCCCGGCUGCAAGGCUGCUGGCAACCACCUCCAGGGUGAUGAGUCCUUCUGCACUUUGGCCGCUUUCAAGUCUAUUGUGGACAAGUACACACCUGUCGACUGGAGAAAUCAGUGCCGUACGAACGCCAACGAGCCCGUCUUCCCAUCCAAGCCCGAGCCGGCAGGAUAUUGUUGA